AUGGCGGACGCCGCUGAGCCACCGUCGACGUCGACGAGCGACCCGAAUCCCUCGGCGAGCCCUUUGUCACCGAGCUCCCAAAUCCACCCGCGCCGCGAGCCCUUCGAGCACGGUCUCCUUCCAAUCCCGAAGCUCAUCUUCCCGGACCCGACGCAGACUCUGGGUCAACUCAGACAGAAGCUUGCGUCCCAACCGCGGGUCGACGCCGCCGCCCUCGCGGAGGCGCUGCAGAUCUCGACCGACCACGCGAGGCUCGUGCUCGAUACCCUCGCCUCCGUGCUUCACUCCGAGUCCGACCCGCUCGUCAAGGCUCCGCCUGGGGAGAUUGAUUCGGUUGGGGCGGAUUCGCGUGAUCUGAUACUCUUCCUGUAUAUACAAUCGUAUAAGAAGCUGCUGCCCAGGACGCACAAGGACUCCGCUGCGGUUGCCGAUGUUUGGCCCUCCACGUCAGCUUUCGAUGGUUAUUUGUCCGCUCUCUCGCCGCUUCAGCUUGUACGCAGCAACAGCCGCCGUUUCAUGCCUUCACAGGCUGAUGAAGAGGCUCAUCAGUUAUCCUAUUUACAAAAGCACAUGGGUAACAUUCUUUCUCUGCUGGCAGAACCUGUUGAAGGAGAAGGCGAAGGCGAAGAGUCCCUGGUUUUGACCAUGGAAGGAUUUGAGCACCUUGGAUUUCUUAUGCAAGUUGGUGAAAAGAGUUCAGAAGGAGUUUCAUUAGGCCAAGCUGCUCCAUUCUUUGCCAAUUCAGAUCCUGACAUGCCGGCUGUUCCAGUCCCUGCUUCCGAAGUUCUUGACUGGGUAUCACAAAAUAUUACCUCCGCGCUGGAGGCUAUUACUGAAAGAAUAUCUGCUAAAGAGAAUGGUCCAUCGAGUGCAUCUGAUCAAGAUGUUGCCAUGGCUGAUAGCUGCAAUAACUCUGGCAAGACUUCUCCUAGUUCCAGAGGUACAAGCUUUAUUGAGGGUAUCUCCAAAUCGUCGUAUGUAAAACAGGCAUCGGAUCUUAAAGGCUCCUCAGUAAAGGUUUUAAAUUGUCACGAUUCGGUCAUUUACAUCCUAGCACCAUUAAGAUAUGCCACCGUCUAUGGAUGCUCUGACUCUACUAUAGUUCUUGGAGCUGUGGGAAAGGCUGUAAGGAUUGAACACUGUGAGCGAGUUCAUGUGAUUACAGCUGCAAAAAGAGUAUGUAUUGCCAAUUGUCGAGAGUGUGCAUUCUUUCUUGGUGUAAAUCAGCGGCCACUCAUGGUUGGUGAUAACCAUAAGCUACAGGUGGCACCAUACAAUACAUUUUAUGCUGAUUUGGAAGCACACAUGGUUGAAGCUGGUAUUGAAGCAAACAUCAACAAGUGGGAUGAGCCGCUGGCCUUGGGAGUUGUUGAUCCUCACGAUUCAUUAUCACAUCCGGCGGGUGUCUCUGAUGUUCAAGCUGAGACCGCCGCACGGAUAGAUCCCGACCUUUUCACAAACUUCCUGAUUCCCAACUGGUUUGGAGGCGAAUCAUUGGGGAUGACAAAAGAUAACCCCUUCCCAUUGCCCGACAAUUAUAUGGAAUCCCGUCAGAAAAAUCUAAAAAGCUUGGAUGAGAUGAAGCAGCUAUUGAGAGACACUCCACUUGAAGACAGCCGGAAGCGGGAACUGUCAUCUGCACUCCAUGUGCUGUUCAAAGAUUGGUUAUAUGCUUCAGGUAAUGUCCGCCAACUUUACUGCCUACAAGGCGACUAA